AUGCACUCCUACGGCGGCUGCGUCGGCACCGACGCAGCCCAAGACUUCCUCUCCCCCGUCGUCCCCUCCCCAACCACCACCACCACUACCAACAAGAACCAAACCCCAGGAGCAGCAGCAGGAGGAGGAGGGGGAGGCAUAAUCCACCUCCUCUACCUCUGCGCCUACAUCCUGCCCCCCGGCUCAUCCAUCCAAACCAUCAUGGACAAGGCCGGCGUAGAUGACACCCUCUGGGCCCAGUUCAUGGACGACGAUGAAGCCGGGCUAACCAUGCCCCGGGACCCCGGGCUGUGGUUCUAUGAAGGGCUGGAGCAGAAGACGGUGGACAGGUGCGUACAGGCGUUGGUGAGGUUCCCGGUGAGUGUGCUCCGCGAGAAGACGAACGGGGAUGCGUGGCGCCGAUGUCCGGUUACGUAUGUGAGGACUGAGAGGGACUAUGCUGUCCCCGGGGCGUUUCAGGAUUUGAUGCUCGAUGGGGUGAGGGGGGAGGAGGGUGUCGAGAUUAGGGUUUUGGGGUUCGAGGCUUGCCAUAGUGUUUUUUUGUCGAAUGUUGAGGAUUUGGUGGCGGUUGCUGCUGGGGUGGUUCGGGAUAUGUAG